CUCGGAGUACGGCUUCUUCGUUGGCAUUCAAACAAAAAAAAAAAAAAAAAAAAAUUGGAAGAAGAAGAAGAAGAAGAAGCAGAGAGAGAGAGAGAGAGAGAGAGAGAAGAGAGCGGGGUUAUAGUUGGGGGGUAAAUGGUGUUGUUGGUCAUCCAGAGGGAACGCUUCAACGGCAUUAUUUCCCGGCUAAAAAAGAUGCUGUGAUUUGGAGGACGGAAAAAGCAGAAGAUUUUGUGGCGGAAUUAGAGAUAUUAGCACGAACUUGAUCAGGUCUUCUCAGAAGAUCUGAGCAAUCGGAGGUGGAGUGGGCGGUUAGAUUUUGAAGAGUUUUAAGAAAAUUAAAAAGAAAACUUGAUAAAUUGUUGGGUUGAUUUUUACCGCCAAGGGGUGAAAAAAUGAGCGCGUCGAGGUUCAUAAAAUGUGUUACGGUGGGGGAUGGUGCGGUUGGCAAGACUUGUCUCUUGAUUUCUUACACCAGCAAUACCUUCCCCACGGACUACGUGCCAACUGUGUUUGACAAUUUCAGUGCAAAUGUGGUUGUCAAUGGGAGUACCGUAAACUUAGGAUUGUGGGAUACUGCUGGGCAGGAAGAUUACAAUAGAUUAAGACCUCUGAGUUAUCGUGGGGCGGAUGUUUUCAUUUUGGCAUUUUCUCUCAUCAGUAAGGCUAGCUAUGAAAAUGUUUCCAAGAAGUGGAUUCCUGAGUUGAAGCAUUAUGCCCCUGGUGUCCCAAUAGUUCUGGUCGGAACUAAACUUGGUGAGAUUUAUUUCCAUUUUGGCUGGGUUGGAUUUGAGGUUGUGGCUUUACUAGGCCAAGACGAGUUUGAUUUUAUCACAGAAUAUAGAGAAAUGCUACUGUUCAUGUGGACUGAAGUACUAUAUAUCUAUAAUUCAUUUUACUGAUGCUUACUUUAUACCCCCUUAGUGAUAUUUUCUGUGGGUUAUGUUAUUGAGGGAAAAAGGAAUAUUACAACCUAGAACACUUGGAACUUAUGUUGCUUGAUUUUCUGUGUAUGAGCAGUGUUUUAAUUAAGGUUGUUAAAUCAUGUUGUCUUAUAUCAUGCUGUUUCAUACCACCAGAUCUUCGAGAUGAUAAGCAAUUCUUCAUCGACCAUCCUGGUGCUGUGCCAAUCUCUACAGCUCAAGUAUGGAGUGGAUGUAAUCUUGUUUUUCUCUAUGUAUAUGGGAUCACUUUCUGAUUUUUCUGAUAUCAAAUUGCUCUGAUUGUCAAGGGAGAGGAGCUGAGGAAAAUGAUUGGAGCACCUGCCUACAUUGAGUGUAGUUCUAAAACACAGCAGGUGAAGUUUAUAUUUAUUUGUUUUUCUUUCCUCAGUAUAUGAUACUAUACAAUGAAUUGCUGAAGCAGCUUUUUGUGUAAACUUUGCUGCAGAACGUGAAAUCCGUUUUUGAUGCUGCUAUCAAAGUUGUUCUCCAGCCACCCAAGCAGAAGAAAAAGAAGGGGAAGGCUCAGAAGGCGUGCUCGAUAUUGUGAUUUAAUAACAGAUGAUAGAUGUCACUGCCCAUCUGGUUCCCUAAGUUGCUCGUAUCUCUUUCACUUUCCUUUGACUCAGAGGAAGUAGGAGGUCCUGUCUCUCUAGUGAAGAGAAGAUACGUUGAUCUAUCUGUGAAGUUUCAGGUGGCUUGGUUUUUUUUUGUAUCCCAGUGAUCUCUAACUAUUGAGUCACGCUAUAAUGUAGGUCACUGCUUCGUUGUCCUCCUUGUUUUGUUUUGCUUUUAUGUAUUGAAAGAUCAGAAGAUCCAGUUAGGAAAACAAAUUUGCUUCAAUUUAGUCCUUUGCUCGCAUCUUUGUUAUUGGUUCAUUUCUAUAUAAAAAAGCUAGACUGUUUGAUUUUCUUAAUGAAACUUUAUGGUCUUGACUCUUGAAAGGCAAUUAUGCACAAGUGAUGGGACUCAAAACAUGAUCAAAUAUGAAUUUGUUUCUUCUUUAGGGAUGUAUAUACGUUUUGAUCUUUUCCUCCCGAUGAAUUCGAAUUUGAAUUUGUAUGUGAUUCGGCCUAUCCUUCACGCAAUCUUUUGGAUGGUAGAUAUUUUGUGGGAUUUUUUUUGUUGUGCUCAAAAAAUGGGAUAAAAGUUGUAUUUUUGAAUAUUAAAAGUUGUAGGCAGUAUUGUAUUUCGAAUUCUUUGUGGUGGGGUUUUUUUAAAAUUUUAAUUUUGAAAAGUUUAGGUGGGUUUUUUGAAUUUUAGAAGAGAAAGAAAAGGGGUUGACCACCAAUCUCUAUAUAUAUUCUCUUGGCCAUAAAAGUGAAAUCUUUCGGAAUGUGAAAUUCCUUUCAUUCCAGGGAGCUUUGUGCACGAAUUUUAUUAUUAACCAAAUAUAUUUAUUACAAAUUUGCAAAACGAUUUGAUUCCAGGAAGAGAUACGUCUUUCAGGAAUAAAUUUAUCGACGCGGACGCAGCCAUACCAGAUUUAAGAAACUUUUUAAUUAUUCCUAACCCGUGUGUAUUCAUCAAGGUUCUACCUUGCUAAUUACAAAAUUUACUUGUUAUAGUUGACAACAAACUCGAAUAAAUUCCAAAAAAAAUAUUUUGAAAUAUUUAAGUUGACUGAUGACUUAUGUGUGUACAAUGGCGACAUAUGAUCUAUAUAACUG